CAUGAUUCGGUAAGUGCAGUGAAAUGAGAUAGCUUCAUGAAACUGCUCGCCUGUUUGAGACCAUAUGUUAUUUGAUGGAAGCAUCCAGCCUGGAAUAGACUGACUUCUGAACAUAUACUUACUAUAUCAAUGGCUGACUACGGACAUCCUCUGGGUAGCAGCCAAUCAGUGAGUGCUCUGGAUAAAUCAGCGCUCAUCUCUGCUGUUAAACCCACACACUCCUGUAAUGACAGCACAGGAUCUUCACGCCACUCACGACAGAACUCCAGGGAUUGGGAAGUAAUAUCAGAUGCAGAAUGUUCUGCACCUGUCGCGGGAAUGAGUUUGGUCAAUAACACUGUUCCAGGCAUUUGUGAGGGAUUCCUCAUGAAAAAGCGCAAGUAUCCUCUCCGGGGCUGGCAUAAGAGAUAUUUUGUAUUGGAUAAGGGGGUUCUCAAAUAUUCAAAGACUCAACAGGAUAUUGUCAGAGGCAAGAUUCACUGUGCUUUAGAUGUUAGUCUUGCGGUCAUGUCUGUGAACAGAAAAUCUAAGCGCAUCGAUCUUGAUGCUGGCGACAGCUUGUACCAUGUCAAGGCAAAGAGUGAUGAUAUCUUCUACAUCUGGCUGACCAAACUGACUGCCCAUCGGCAUUUCAAGAAGAACGAGGCUAUAAACCUGCACCACGGGGUCCUUCAAGCCCUCUCGACAGGAACCAGCAGCACUUUGCCUGCCAUGGCGAGUCUUGCACAGAGAAACCGAGCGAUGAUGCCACAUUAUCAGAGCUCACCAUCAUUGUUUGGGUCAGAGAUGCAGGGUUCCCCGUCAGCCUCUUCAUCUCGAGGAAAUACUAAAGUAUCUGAUUGGCUCAAAAAGACACAGGAAGCUGACUUGUGCCAGCUAGAACUUGCCAGGUGUCAGCUGGAUAUAGCUGAGCUCUCGAGUUUAAUCCAGAAACUUCACUGGCAUGAGGAUGGUCUUCCCAUCACAAACAUGGACCUUGAACGUCAAAUCAGCAUACAGAAUCUUAGUCUUGAGAAACCCAAAAAGAAGUCUGGAAAGUUCUGGGGUCACUCCCGAACGCUGUCAAGAGGCGAAUCGCUUGGCUUUUUUUCUUCGAGCCACUUGGGCACAUCAACUGGCUUGGCUGCUUCCCUUCAGUCCAUCCCAGAUUACGUUUACUCCCAGCUGUCCACGCCUGCGGUCUCCUCACCAGAAGGAGAGCAACUGCAGUUAGACAUCUGUGCCUUGUGUGAAAAAAUACAUUCAUCUUUAAAAUCCAUCCAUGAAUCCCUGGCUCUGGAGCGUGAGCGAGUCAGACAGGCUUGGGCCGGACCUGACCUUCGGCAGUCAACCUCAGAUCAGUUGGCCACAUUGUGCACGACCCUCUCAGAGCUUGAGAUGCAGUCACGUUUAACCAGAGUUCACUCUGUGUCACUGUCAUCCGAUUCCUCAGAUGAGUCCUACUGUACUGUGUGCCAGGAUCAGGCCACCCCAUCUCAGGACCGUAAGCUAAAUCGUACACCCUCAGUAACAGACUGUACAGCAGAGUAUUUUGAUGCCAGUGAAGUAAUUUGUGAGAAUUUGUCUGAAAAUGAAACCUCUGACGAAUCUGGAUUGAGUAAUGUCACCACAAGCAACUCUGAACCAGAGGAAGGCCACAAAGCUGCAAAUAUGAAGUACAGAGCCGGUGUUUCCAGCACAAAUGAUUUAGCUUCUAAUGCUCAGGUCAAUGGGCGACGCUCAGUGCUUCCUGCACACAGCACUGAUAACAGCCAUAUCGGAAUCCUCACCAUCCUGUACAACAACAUUGGGAAGGAUUUGUCACGGGUCUCCAUGCCAGUGGCUCUCAAUGAACCGCUUAGUUUAUUACAGCGUGUCAGUGAAGAGCUGGAAUAUUCUGAACUCCUGGAUAUUGCCAACCACACAGACGACCCUUUUGAAAGAAUGGUUUAUGUGGCUGCGUUCUCUAUUUCAGGCUAUGCCUGGGCCAGCUGGCGUAAUCGUUACAAACCAUUUAACCCUGUUCUAGGGGAAACGUAUGAGAAUGUGCGGGAGGAUCAUGGUUUCCGUUAUAUUGCAGAGCAGGUCAGUCAUCACCCACCUCUGUCUGCCUGCCAUGCAGAGUCUGAUAACUUCAGCUUUUGGCAAGGUAACAGCUAA